AAUCUAAUCGCAUUAAAAGUAAAAAAUACUAUUGUGAGCGAAAUACAAGCAACCAAGUACUUCUCGAAUCAUAGUCAACUCAACGCCAGUUAUAGCUGAUAUCGACCAGCUCUCUUUCAUUACAAAAUAUGUAAAAGAAGAUGGUAGCCCGAUCAAACGCUUUCUUAAUUUUCUACCAAACGCUGGACAUAAAUCUGAAGAACUUGAAACGGCUCUAACUUCUAUGCUCGCAUCGUUCAAAAUUGGCAUAGACAAUUGCAGAGGACAAUCAUAUGAUAAUGCUAGCAACAUGUCUGGUAUCUACACAGGAUUACAGGCACGGUUGAAACGAUUGAAUCCUCUUGCCGAUUAUGUACCUUGUGCGGCUCAUUCGUUGAAUUUGGUUGGAGCCUGCGCCGCGGAAUGUGUCACAGAAGCUGCAUUGUUUUUCAGUACUCUUCAAGGUUUAUACACUUUCUUCGCUGCGUCUACUUGACGUUAGGACUUCUUAUCAUCAAACACAAAAAAUAACAUGAAAGUUUUAAAACGAGUCGAUGGAACUCGAUGGUCAUCUCGUCACGACGCUUGCGAUAGUUUGUGUAAAAACUGGGAUGGUGUAUUGCAAUCUUUGAUGAUAAUGAUCGAAGAUGUUCACGAAAAAGCGGUAACCCGAUCCGAAGCUGCUAUAUUAAAAAAACAACUUAGCCGAUUCGAAACAGUGUUUAUGGCCGUAUUCUGGAACUCGCUAUUGGAUCGAUUUAAUGCUAUGAAUAAAUUGCCGCAAAGUGUAGAUAUCGACAUAGGAAUCGCUGUAGAGCUUUAUCGUUAUUCGCUAAUCGAUUUCGUAGAAAGCUUGAGAAGUGAUGAGAUGUUUAAAGUGUAUGUAGAGAAAGCCAAAUGCAUUAUUUCUGAAGAGUACGAAUUCGAUAGCAAACGAAGCUGCAAACGAAAGCUUCAACUCGGUGAAUCGAAAGAAAACGAAGUCGUCAUGACCGGAAGAAAUAAGUUCACAGUGGGAACUUUCUACGUGAUAUUAGAUCGCGUCAGAUCUGAAUUGGAGAAGCGACACUCAGCGUAUGAAAAUGUCUUCAAACGCUUCGAUUUUAUGAGAAAUCUCGUUCACUUGUCGGACACGAUACAUGAAGAAGCUGCGAAACUUUACAAUUAUUACGCCGAAAAUCUAGAAGAUUCAUUUGCCACUGAAUGUGUGCACUUUCGUCAGUUUCUUAAUAAAACUAGCUCAGAAGAAAAGACUAAACUAAAACUGAUCGAUCUUUGUAAACUUAUACGCAACCAAAAUUUGUUAUCAAUGUUCCCUAAUAUAGAUAUAGCUUUGCGAAUAUCUUUGUGUAUGGCCACCACAAAUUGCUCAGCAGAAUAAUAUAAUCUUUUUCUGCUUUAAAGCGAAUAAAAACGUACUUGCGAUCAUCGUUGGAGGAAGAACGUUUAAAUUCAUUGGCAAUCUUGGUCAUUGAAGCCGAACUUAUGAUGAGCAUAAAAUACGAUGACAUUAUUAAAGAUUUUGCAAAAAUCUCACCAUAAACCACUUGAGUAUUAAAUAUUCCUAUCAUCUCUACAACACUAAAUCUUACUCUCCAAAAUUUGCCACCCCAAAAAAUCUGCCGCCUCCAAAAAUUUUCCCGCCCUACGCUUCAGCGUAGUCAGUGUAUGGAUAAAUCCGCCACUGAUAAAGUCAUAAUAUAUUUCAUAUUAGAAAUACAAAUAUAUGUAUAACAUUUU